AUGGCUGCGUCCAAAGAUAUUCUUUUCUGGACCCCUAGCGGACAAUUACUUCGAAAUAAACGCACUAUUCCCGUCACAAACAUCGCUGAGCUAGCUGAGUAUGUGUUACUCCCUCAUAACAAUGAGGUUACCAAGCCUCGUGCGCUGAAUACGUUUCUAGAUGGAGAGUUAGGAAUCGAUAAAGGUUUAAUCAAGAACAAAAAGUUGUUAAGUGAUUUAAUAGAAAAGGAAAAAGGCUACCAAAAUGUAGAAAAUACUUCCGAUAACGAGAGUAAUAAUGAGGAGAGUUCAUCGGAUAUUGAAAAUCAGGAGGAAGAGGAGGAAGUGGCUUCUGAGAAUGGCAUUGAAGUGGAAGACACCCAAGAGAGCGACAACGACACUGAAAACGACAGUCAGGAGAUAGAAAGUAGUAACCCUGAAACGUCCACCACCUUUCACUCCAAAAGUCCCUGUGAACACUGCGAAAACUCUAAUGUGUACGGGACAUUGAUCAUGAAAUGUCCUAAAUGCCUUUGGCACGAUUACUACAAGAUUUGUCCUAUAUGCGAUCACCAGAUUCCCGAGGGGAGACAUUACAUGAAAGAGGGCUUUCUUCGAUGUCACGAUUGCGGAGCAAGUACACACAAAAACACGAAGACGUUGGAAACCAACUUCUAUUCCCCUUCUACAGAGGAGAAAGAAGAUGAAGAUUAA